GUCGAACAUCAUGCCUGAUACUCCAACUAGUGACAUCGAGGUGCCCCAAAGAGUCGAUACUCACACCACUGCCUCCCACGAAUUCGACAAGCAAUUAGCUGAGUACGGACCGUUAGCUCAUGUCCCCACCGCGGGCACAUACCUCCCCGCAUUCGCAGGCGAGUUACAGCCUGGACUGUAUAAGCCAGUCAAAGCGCGCAAGAUCACGAAUCCCGCCCCGCUAGGACUGGCUGGCUUUGCCCUGACCACCUUCGUCCUGGGAUGUAUCAACAUGCAGACACGGGGAAUCACUCAACCCAACAUGGUAGUCCCGCUGGCUUUUGCUUAUGGCGGCCUGGUGCAACUUCUCGCGGGAAUGUGGGAAAUGGCCGCCGGCAAUACCUUUGGUGCUACAGCCCUCUCCUCAUACGGAGGGUUUUGGAUCUCUUUGGCCAUGAUCUUCACCCCGGGGGGAUUCGACAUCGAAAGCCAGCUCAAGGCCGCGGACGACGGGUCUGUGGGCAUGUUCUAUGACUCGUUCGGGCUGUAUUUGAUGGGCUGGUUUAUUUUCACCUUCCUACUCGUGACAUGCACGGUCAAGUCAACGGUCAUAUUCUUCUCCCUGUUUGCCUCCGUCGACCUUGCCGUGCUCCUCCUGGCGGUCGGCUACCUGUAUCGCCCCGACGGCGCACCCUACACGCCUCUGCUCAAGGCGGGGGGAUUGUUCGCCCUACUCGGGGCGUUCUUGGCGUGGUAUGGCUGUCUAGCGGGAAUUGCCGACACGAGCAACAGCUUUUUCAUCAUCCCCGUCUGGCAUUUUCCCUGGUCGGAGAGGGGGCGGGAGUCGAGACGAAGGAAGUCUGAAGCCGUUUGA